UACUCAUCAGACAUACUCAUCAGACAUACUCAUCAGACAUACUCAUCAUACUUAUCCAUCGCUUCAACAUUAGCGCGGCCUUAUUGUCUCUACUAAAUAUACACAACAUACUACAACAGCAACUAGCUUAGUUACAACCACCACCAAAACAACUUCUCUCAAUCCUAUACCUACAAAAUGCAUUUCCUUAUGAUCGGAGGCAGCGGCCGAACUGGCCAACUCAUCAUAGAAGAAGCACUUAGGCGUGGCCAUCAAGUCACUGCCUUAGUGCGUACAUCAGCAUCCCUGGAAGCCAGGGACAACCUCACCAUCGUUGAAGGCACGCCCCUAAACACCAGCGACAUCGGCCGGGCAUUCAACGCGACCUUGGAAUCAAGACCAACCGCGGUGGUGGUCGCGCUCAACGCCCGCCGUACCAGCGACUCGCCCUUUUCCGCACCGUCGCCGGACACGCCGCCGCGCCUGAUGGCCGACUCGGUGGCCAACGUCAUCAGCGUCAUGAAGAAGUAUGGCACGCACAAGAUCAUUAUCAACAGUUCCAUGGGCACGGGCUCGAGUAUCGAGGGCCUCGGCGCUCUGGUGCGUCCCGUCUUCGCGUACACCAACAUGAAAUUCCAGAUGAUCGACCACAACGCCGUGGACGAGGAGACAAGGGCUGCCGGUGUCAACUUCGUGCUGGUCAGGCCCGUGAUGUUAUCUGAGGGUGCAGCGUCAGAGGUCAAGGUAUACUCCGAAGACGGAAAGGGGGCCGGCUGCAAGAAGAUUACGAGGAAAAGUGUUGCUCGGUUUAUGGUUGUUGAAGCGCUGGAGGGUGAUAAAUACGAUGGACGAGCACCUGUCAUCAGCAACUAGAUAGGCUGGGGCACGGAUUUGUUUGACAGCCUUGCGAAGAGAUUGAUCUUGGCAUGAGUGGUGCUUCUUUGUAAAGCAUGGGUGGAUAAUGUUUCAGGUAAUUAGAUACACUAAAUGGAAAGGUCGGUGGGGCUAGUUUGUAUAGACGACAUACUCAAUACACAUGCAAUGACAACG